GAACCGAAGAAAAACACACGAUUACACAAAUCGGCAUCCCCGCCGCCGACUUGAGGCCAGUGCGCAUACGUGCGUUUCGACUCCCAGCCAGUCGCCACGCGAAAAGGAUCCAAGCGAAGCAAGCAUGGCAUGAAUGAAUAGCAGUAAUAGCAGCAGUAGCAGCAAAGCGGUAAAGCGGUAAAGUAGCAAAGCAGCAAUCCGCAGCUAUUAGCAACAAAUGGCAGUUUGAAAGAGCAAAAUAAAUUAACAAAACUGAAACGCAGUUCGCCCUAGAAGGCCCCUCGCAAUUGAUAACCCCUCGAGGGAGUUAACUCAACCUUCGACUUCACGAGAGCAAAACGCGACCGACAAACGCUCGUGAAUUCGCCUCCCUGGCCAUUUGUAAAUUUUAUGUUUGCAAAAUAAUGCGCGCGAUAAGUAUGAGUACAAAUUUGAGUAUGAAUAAGCGCCAUUACGUGUCAAUGUGAAUACCUUUUUUUUUUUUUUUUUUCCCCCUUUUGCAUUUAAUCCUUUUUGCACCAGUUAAUACGCUUCCGCGUUAGCGCCUUUUGACACACCCGCAAGAGGCCCUCCCCCCCCCUUCUUACGCGAAGGCGGUUUUCUUGCCAGUGGGAAACUUAUCCGUUUGAGAAGCGCCCCCACUGCGCAGGACCCACCAUUUGAGCAUACACCCCCGCUGCUGAACAUCGACGAAUAGCCCAUCCACUUCUCACCUCUGUAAGCUCAAAAAUGACGAAACCGUCCGCCGAAAAUGAAGAACCGGGAAUUGUCUACAAAGUGGCGGGUUCACUUGUAAUUGCGGAGAACAUGAGCGGCACGAGGAUGUACGAAUUGGCUAAAGUGGGGUGGAACAAAUUGGUGGGAGAAAUUAUACGGUUGGAAGGGAACUAUGCAUAUAUACAAGUGUAUGAAGACACCUCAGGGCUAUCUGUUGGCGACCCAGUGACCAAAACGGGCAAUGCCUUGUCAGUAGAAUUAGGCCCAGGGAUACUAGACAAUAUAUAUGAUGGGAUACAGAGACCACUAGAAAGAAUCGCCAACGUCUGUGGGGAUGUUUAUAUUUUCAAAGGAAUCGAUAUGACUUCAUUAGACCACGAAAAGGAGUGGCAAUUUUACGCAGAUAAAAAUGUGAAAAUAAAUGACAUCAUCACAGGUGGAGAUAUAUUCGGGUACGUAGAUGAAAAUAAAUUAUUUAAAGAACAUAAAAUUAUGGCACCUCCCAAUGCAAAGGGUCGAGUGACGUACAUUGCUCCAGAUGGUUCCUACACGUUGAAGGAUAAAAUAUUUGAGCUGGAAUAUCAGGGGAAAAAAUACACCUAUGGGUUGUCUCACCUUUGGCCAGUCAGAGAUCCAAGGCCAGUUUUGGAAAAGGUAACUGGUGAUACGUUGCUACUGACAGGACAACGAGUGUUAGACUCUUUAUUCCCCACCGUGUUGGGAGGCACCUGUGCCAUUCCGGGAGCAUUUGGGUGUGGAAAGACGUGUGUUUCUCAGGCCUUGUCCAAAUACUCCAACAGUGAAGUAAUUAUAUACGUAGGUUGUGGAGAAAGAGGAAACGAAAUGGCCGAAAUUUUAUCCGAUUUUCCAGAAUUAACAACCAAGGUGGAUAAUGAAGACGUUGGCAUUAUGCAGAGAACGUGUUUAGUGGCCAACACUUCUAAUAUGCCUGUCGCGGCAAGGGAGGCAAGUAUAUACACGGGCAUAACCCUAUGUGAAUAUUUUCGGGACAUGGGUUAUAACGCCACCAUGAUGGCGGAUAGCACCAGUAGAUGGGCUGAAGCGUUGAGAGAGAUUUCAGGCCGAUUAGCAGAAAUGCCCGCAGAUAGUGGCUACCCAGCAUACCUUGGUGCCAGACUAGCUUCGUUCUACGAACGGGCAGGGAAGGUAAAAUGUAUUGGGUCUCCUUCUCGAACGGGUUCCAUCACCAUCGUAGGUGCUGUGUCCCCACCAGGAGGGGAUUUCUCAGACCCUGUGACUACGGCAACCAUGUCCAUCGUGCAAGCCUUCUGGGGAUUAGAUAAAAAAUUAGCACAGAGGAAACAUUUCCCCUCCGUUAAUUGGUCUACCUCUUUUUCCAAAUACGUAAGGCAACUGGAGCAAUAUUUCGACAAUUUCGAUCAAGACUUCCUCUCAUUGAGACAAAAAAUAAGUGACAUCCUGCAACAGGAGAGCGACUUAAAUGAUAUAGUGCAGCUGGUUGGAAAGGACUCCCUGUCGGAGGAUCAAAAAGUGGUGAUGGAAGUUGCCAAAAUUAUUAGGGAAGAUUUCCUCCAACAAAAUGCCUUUAGCGAUUAUGACUAUAUGUGUCCUUUGCAAAAAACGGUUGGCAUGAUGAAAAUUAUUUGCCAUUUUUAUGCCCAAUGUUUGAGGACUUUACAAGAGUAUGACUCGCGGGAGAGGAAAAUCGGAUGGGGAUCCAUUUACAACACUUUGAGGCCUACCAUAAAUAAAAUUACCCACAUGAAAUUUGAAUCUCCCAAAAAUUCAGACGAGUAUUUUAAAAAGUAUUUCAAAGCUUUGGAGGAGGAAAUAACCGUUGGCCUUCGAAAUUUGGUGGAGAAGUGA